AUGGUGUCUCUGUGGCCCUGGAAGGGCGGCGAUUCCUCCGCCGCAUCAUUCGAAAAGACCCUCUCUACGCUGGCGGCCAAAAUAUCCAAAGCAAGCGCCAAAAAUGACCGUCUGCGGCAGAGCUCGAGGCGUGUCAGGGCUAUGUGGACCCUGUACACCAGCUUUGCCUACAUGAUCGUCGCCUUGAUCCUGACUCUGGUCACUGGCUGGAAGAACUGGAGCCCGGUCGAGUAUACCGCGAUUGCUGGCGGACCAGUCCUAAUAUACGGCGUUCGAACAGCAUUCACAACCUUCUACAACUACCGGAUCUCAAACACCCAGGCCUAUCUCGACGGCCUCUACAAGGAGCGAGACGCAACGAUUGAGAAGUUAAAGGCGGCAACGAAGUACAACACUACCCAGCAGCUCCUCGAAAAGUAUGGCUCCCAGCGUCCAACCCCAGUGGACGCACCGUCUCCGCAACCCAAGGGCAAGUCACCCCGCAGCCAGAAGGGCACCCCACAACCAGGCCGAACGAACAUCCCUCCGCCACCCACAGCAAACAUUCCUCGAGGCCCAAGAAUGUCCCCAGCACCGGCUGCUCCACAAAGUCCACCAUCAGCACUACACCCAGUGCCGGGUUAUCCACCGGAGCUGAUACCACAACUACCCCCACCGCCAUCCCAAGCCCCAGGCGAAGAAUUCGCCCCCAACGCCUUCUCCACUCGCCCAGCUCCCUCCCGCCACCCCUCCGCCUACGACACCGGCCACUCGAAAUGGUACGACCGCAUCCUCGACGUCAUUCUCGGCGAAGACGAGACGCACCCGAAGAACCGAAUCGCGCUGAUAUGCUCGCACUGCCGGCUCGUGAACGGACAGGCGCCGCCCGGCACGAGGAGCUUGGCGGAUUUGGGGAAGUGGAAGUGUGCAGGGUGUGGCGGGUGGAAUGGGCAGGAGAGUGAGGGGAGGAAGAUUAUGGAGCAGGUUCAGAGGGAGGGUGCGGGGGGGAGUCCGGAGGGUAGGUUGGGUUCCGGCGAUGAAGGGGUGGGGAAGGCAGCAGAGGCUAGGAAUGGCGGUUCGUCUGCUAGUGAUACAGGCGGGGACGGAAGCGAAUCUGGGUCAAGCGGGGACAUGGUGGAGGUUGAAGACACUACGCCAGUCAAGGCGACACGGAGUAAGACGAGAGGGAAGAAUUAG